AUGCGUUUCCUUUUCGUGCCAGUUCUGCUGGCUACCGUAGCCUGGGCCUUUGCGGACCUCGUAGGAGGCAAUAAGCCUCAAGAGGGAUCAGGCGGUGCGGUAACCCGAAAACUGAAGGGGGCCUUUAACCCGGGCCCUUGCGUCUACAACAGCGACUGUGGAUUCGAAGGAAAAUGCAAGAAGUGGCGUUGCGUGUGGGUGGGCGAGAAGCCCGACAAGCCGAAGGGCGGCAAGGGCAAGGGCUCAAAAGGAUGUUUUGGCUGUGGA